AUGGCCUUCCUUGCAACGUACCCUCCUCUGGCGCAGGUCACCGUACUGAACGACCCCAACAUUGCGAUCCACGCAGUGCUUGAAGUCCCCCCUGAAACUGCCACAGAACCAUGGCAGCUUUCACUUUGGUAUUGUAACGGCGAUGGAGGGGACUGGGCUCUGAUUGAGUUCAUGGCUGAUUCCCCAAACGCCAUUCCCACCGACUUGAGUGGAACGAAUGAGACAGCGACGAGGCUGUACUUCACAGCCAAGCUGGAGGUCGCGUCAUCGCUGACAUUCACUGUCAAGUUCAGACGAGGAGGCAAACACGAAUGGCGGUGGGUUCGCACUGAGCAGGGCUCAGAUGAUGGCAUCGUCGUGGUCGAGCAGAAACGACAAGGGGUAGAGUCUGAGGAUCUGCCGGACUUGAUCCAGGACUUGAACCCGGACCUUAGGUGGCAGAGCCAUAUGAGCCAGUCCCCUGGGACCCGUCUCUGGUCUAUCGAAGCCACUGUGGAUGGGGCAAAUGAGGACGAGUCAGCAGUUGUUGACAUACCGCUGGGCAUUCCGUGGGGUCGGUUUUUCAGAUGGUUUGCCUUGGUCAGGACUUGGACACCUUGGUUAGCUCCCAGGCAGGGCAAGUCCGAGUUCAACCUUGACAAAGAUGCCCUGCUUUGCUCAUUUCUGUCCCCCCAGGGCAAGCACAUGGUCUUGCUUGGGAUGAGCGGCGUGGACGAUGUCAUGGCUUUGCUCCGGAGUGGUGAUUCCGGACGCUUGAUGCUCCACAUACGGAGCGACAAUGCCGGCUCGGCGACAGCAACUGCUCUCGUGGCUGUUGGUGACAACUUUGAGAGCACGGUCGCGACCGUCAUGUACCAUGCCCGUACUCUGGUUACCAGUAUGGCAGCGGGUACCUCGGCUGCUCUUAGCGUGGCCGAGAUGACAGCUGAGGGCGAUGUCAGUCCGCAGUGGUAUGAGAGCUGGUACGAUGGCUUGGGGUAUUGUACUUGGAACUCCCUCGGCCAGGAGUUAACAGAGCAAAAGGUGUUGAAGGCACUGGACACGCUAGCCGAGAACAAGGUCAACAUAUCAACCCUCAUCAUCGACGACAACUGGCAGGACAUCGACUAUCGCGGUAAUAGCCAGUGGCAACAUGGCUGGAACGACUUUGAAGCAGAACCCAAGACGUUCCCCCGCGGCCUGAAGGCACUCAUCUCAGACAUCCGGUCAAAGCACAAACAUAUCCAGCACAUCGCCGUCUGGCACGCCCUACUAGGCUACUGGGCCGGUCUCGCCCCCGACGGCCCGCUCGCUAAGCGCUACAAAACCAUCCGAGUCGCCCGCGAUGAGAUCGACAAAUGCCAGCUCCCCAUCGACGGCCAAAUGACGCUCGUCGCCCGCGAAGACGUCCAAGCCUUCUACAACGACUUCUACAACUUCCUCUCAUCAUGCGACAUCGACGGCGUCAAGACGGACGGCCAAUACAUGCUCGACACCUGGACGUCCCCUCCCAUCCGCCGCACCCUCAUUCCCGCCUACCUCGACGCCUGGACGCUGGCCUCCCUCCGGCACUUUUCCGCCCGUGUGGUCAGCUGCAUGUCCCAGUCACCCCCAAUCCUCUUCCGCUCGCAGCUCCCGCACACCAGCCCGCCCAUCGUCUGCCGCAACUCGGACGACUUCUUCCCUCCCGUCCCGGACUCCCACCCCUGGCACCUCUGGACCAACGCCCACAACGCCCACCUCACCCAGCACCUCAACGUCCUGCCCGACUGGGAUAUGUUCCAGACGGUGCACCCCUACGCGGGCUUCCACGCCGCCGCCCGCUGCGUUAGCGGCGGGCCCGUCUACAUCACCGAUGUCCCCGGCCGCCACGACGUGCAUCUGAUCCGGCAGGUAACGGGCAUCACGCCCAGGGGGAAGACGGUCGUCUUUCGGCCGAGCGUGCUCGGCAAGGCGAUGGAUGUGUAUGCGGGGUAUAGGCAGGGACAGGGUUUGCUCAAGAUUGGGGCCUUCCACGGUCGCGCGGCGCAGGGGACCGGGAUUGUGGGGGUGUUUAAUAUCGAGGAGAGGGGAGUGGUGGAUUUCGUGCCGCUGGGGAGGUUCCCUGGGGUCAUGGAAGGGCGGAGGUAUGUCGUCCGCGCGCAUGGCACCGGGAGAGUUAGUGUGCCGUUGGAGGUGGGCGAGACGAAGGCGCUGCUGGCGCUGUCGCUUGAGGUUAGGGGGUAUGAGGUGCUUUGCGCGUAUCCGUUGCACGCGAUCGAGUCGAGGACGGGGGGGCUGGUCUUGGUUGCAAAUCUUGGGCUGAUCGGCAAGAUGACGGGGUGUGCAGCGGUGUUGAAUACUGUGUUUGAGGUGCGAGAGAAUGGGAGGAUGUUGGUUGAUGCCACGCUGAAGGCUCUUGGGGUAUUGGGUGUCUACAUAUCGGCGCUUCCGCAGCUGUCGGUCCGGGACGACUUCAUGGUUACCAUCCAGGGCCAGCCGAUCCCUCCUCACACUGUGGCCUUGAACAACGACGAUGAGCAUGUGCUCAAUAUCGACAUCGAAACGGCGUGGAACGAAAUGGGCCUGGAGAGUGGGUGGGCGAACGAGGUGGAAGUGAAGGUCUAUUUCGACUUGGGGAGGUAA